UGGGGGCCAGAGGGAAUUGAAACACAGCACCGACAGAAGGGAAACGGCAAAAAGCUGGAGGCCAAAAGCGAGAUAAACUGGCAGUGCUGAUUGGCCUCGAUGUCUAGCCGCCAGCAGGGGCUCCACAGCCUAAGCCAGGCCAAAUCUCUGCCAUCCUUUAUCCCUUGGUGUGUGCCGGGCUACCACACCACAGUUGACGUCAAAAAAGUCCCCUUUGGGCUGUUCAACAAGUACUCUAUACUGCGGUACUUGAAGUACUUGUCCACCGGCAUGGCGAGAACAGCUGAUAUUUGCUCUUUUCUCGACAAAACCGCCUACGCCACCAACCAGCUGCUGAGCCUCCUUGAACGCCUUAUUCAGGCAGCCAGAGACGAAAAGGCCGGGUCUGGGGCAGACCUGUCCUCUGUACUCCAGCCCCGUCCAUUUGCAUGACGCCUUCAAGCAGAUCCUGGCCCCGAAACCAGUUGUGCAUAAACACUUUUCAUCACUGAGCCUUGAUAUGCCCUAGCCCCAUGCAGGGUGAUUUAUGAGGACUCACGGAGAUGAAAAGCCUCUGACUUCUGAUCAAGCGUUUCCCUUCUCUGGCCGUCAACUCUCAGUGUCAUGGGCGACUCGCCCGCUUAAGCUAAAGACAACGCCAGCGAUAUGCUAGUUAUACGCUACGUAUGUAUGUAUGUACUCCAUACACCCGCAUCUAUAGCCCUGACGGGUGUGGGAUAAUAUACAUACAUACGUAGCUCUUGAUGUACUUCCUGUGGAGUAUACUUUUGGACCCUGCUUCUUCUCCCUUGCUUCCUUGAAAUCGUUCCUGUUUCCCUAGCAAGCGCGAGGCUCGUAGCCUAGAGCAUAGCGUUAUGACUGGGGAAUAUAUACUUCGUCGGUGACAUACCAAAGGCAUCCCCCUCCCUUUCAACUCAGAGGGAGCCGCGUCUACGAUAACGUCAGUAGGCUUAGUUAUCUCUUUCUUCCCUUCUUCUUUAUCCGGCUGUUACUCCUUUUCUUUUUCUUUACCUUCUACUCUCUCUCUUGUCUCUUUUACUUUGGUACAUUCUUGGGAGCAAACACCGUCUUAUGUCGUGAAACAACCAUUCCCGACGCCAAAGGAAUAGCAGAAUUUCCUUCAUGGGCUUGCGUUGAUACAGGACUCACCGUCCUUUAUUUCUUACACCGUCAAACAGCUUCGGGCCGUGUCUUCUCCCCCCGGCCCUUUCGGCGGCGUAGGAAGUAUUGACUUGCUUGACUACCACGCCUCCCACCACCUGGCGCCAGUUCCGGCUUGUCAAUCUUACCCAGUGCUUUUACGUGUUACCUGUGUACAUUGCUUUCCCACCUCAAGGCCCCCAGUCCCCGGUGCUUGGUUGGUCUUUUACGCCUCUUUCCCGGCCCUGGUUGUUGGUGUGUCUUAUAAGUUUCGUUGGCUGACGGUAGCCUGGAGAUCUUCCCGUCCUUUCAUAUACGUCCUCCUGCCCCAGUCAUCGGUCACUGGUCGUCGCGGUUUACUUCUACCUGUCUACUCUCUGUCUGGACUAGCACGGAUGUCGCUCUUCGCUUCUCAUUACAUGAUGUGAUGUACGCUUGCUGAGCACUGCUUAGCUGUUUUAUUAUUUCCAUAAACACCUCUUUAUUUUCUCUCGCCCUUUGAAAGUUUCAAAUUUUAUACCACCCUCACCGAGGAGCUGCACCGUCUAUUAGCAAUAUAACAAUGUCUUGGGUGCGGUGUUGCCUAGAUAGGCCAAUAUUGAAGCGGAGGUCGCAGAAAGCACCCAGACCCCUCGAUGAACGAUUUGGAGAUCCCGCGAUCAGUGGCCCUAUGGAAGGCGGAUGGAAUCAAAUAUCACCGUCAGCAGACGCUAAGGAAACAGGCUUUCCAUCGACAAAUGGCAUAUCCGAGCAACCUGCUAGGAGCUCCGGGGGAGACCUCGUACGGACCCGUUCAAAGCCCUGGAGAUAUUCCCCUCGUGGUUUCGGGUCUCAAAAAAAUAAUGAGCUGCUAGAUUCUAGGAAAGGAGGUAAGGAGGAUUCGUCAAUGAUUUCAACAACGAAGGACAAAGCCGACUUUGUCUACAAACCUGCCAGUGGUGAAUUCCUGAAGACUAUGGCCGAGCUAGGGAAGCCGAAGAAUGGACGUUAUUCUUCUGAAAUGACCCGUUCCGUUGUUAACAAUCGCCAUACCUCAUUGCAAAGCAAUAGCUCUUUAGAGCCAACACUUCCUGGAGAGAUCCCACGACACCCAUUCCAUCAAGACUUCUCGACACGCAGUCAGUCUCCUGCUAAUCAAACCCUUUCCAACAAGUCCUCCAGCCCAACAGAACAUUACUUUGACCAGCGAACUCCGGCUACAAACCACAGCACGUCAGCGCGAAACUCAUCUGCUAGGGAUGAAGACUGCAGCAGCUAUGUGUCUCCAAUGGACGUCGAGAAAUCUCCUCGAUCCAUAAUAUCAGACACCGCCGCUGUGCCAACAUAUUUACCCUCCAACCCUGCUCCGUCAGAACAAAGCCGAAAGAAACGAAAGGCCAAACCAAAACGAGUAGUGACUUCUGAAAUGGUACCGUCUACGAACGACCUUUUUGGCUGAAGAAUCGGUUUUCCGGGGGCCGGUCGAGGGGAACAUGUCAAAUUUGGACUUCUUUAAUCUUACGACUCCCAUGAAAAUUGCUACAAUAAGGCUUUUCUCAAAGCUCUUUAAUGACAACCGGUCUGUUGCGAUCCAGUUUACUCUUUUCCGUUUUUCACCAUUACUUGACCCUCGAUUCUAAAAUUGAUGCAAGAUUAUAUCCUACACUGGAAAAACUUUCUCCUUUGACGUUUCUUUUCCUCUGG